AAUUGAAUUCUUUUUUCCACCCAAAAAAAAAAAACUUAGCAAAACCCAUUUCAAGACAUAACUUUUCUAAACCAACUAAUCAAAAAUCCCAAACACCCACUUCAUAUUUCUUCUAUAUCACUCACAUUCUCUCUCUCCUUUUUUUUUAAGAGAGAGAAAAUAGUAAAAAAAAAACAGAAAAAAUGGCAGUGUGUACAGUAUACACAAUCCCAACAACAACCCAUUUAGGAUCAUCAUUCAACCAAAACAACAAACAAGUUUUUUUCAACUACAAAAGAUCAUCAUCAUCAAACAACACUUUAUUUACAACAAGACCAUCCUAUGUAAUAACAUGUUCACAACAACAAACAAUUGUGAUUGGUUUAGCAGCAGAUUCAGGUUGUGGUAAGAGUACAUUCAUGAGGAGGUUAACAAGUGUUUUCGGUGGCGCGGCCGAGCCACCAAAGGGUGGUAACCCAGAUUCAAACACAUUGAUUAGUGACACUACUACUGUUAUCUGUUUGGAUGAUUUUCAUUCCCUUGAUAGAAAUGGCAGGAAAGUGGAAAAAGUUACUGCUUUAGACCCAAAAGCUAAUGAUUUUGAUCUUAUGUAUGAACAAGUUAAGGCUUUGAAAGAAGGUAAAGCUGUUGAUAAACCUAUUUAUAAUCAUGUUUCUGGUUUGUUGGACCCUCCUGAGCUUAUUCAACCUCCUAAGAUCUUGGUCAUUGAAGGGUUACACCCCAUGUAUGACGCACGUGUGAGGGAAUUGCUAGACUUCAGCAUCUACUUGGACAUUAGCAAUGAAGUUAAAUUUGCCUGGAAAAUUCAGAGAGACAUGAAAGAAAGAGGACACAGUCUUGAAAGCAUCAAAGCCAGUAUUGAAUCCAGAAAGCCAGAUUUUGAUGCUUACAUUGACCCACAAAAGCAGCAUGCUGAUGUAGUGAUUGAAGUAUUGCCAACUGAACUCAUUCCUGAUGAUGAUGAAGGCAAAGUGUUGAGAGUAAGGAUGAUUCAGAAAGAAGGAGUCAAGUUUUUCAACCCAGUUUACUUGUUUGAUGAAGGAUCUACCAUUUCAUGGAUUCCAUGUGGUAGAAAAUUAACAUGUUCUUACCCUGGUAUCAAAUUUUCCUAUGGCCCAGACACCUUCUAUGGCAACGAGGUGACAGUAGUAGAGAUGGAUGGAAUGUUUGACAGAUUAGACGAACUAAUCUACGUCGAAAGCCAUUUGAGCAAUCUAUCAACCAAGUUUUAUGGUGAAGUCACUCAACAAAUGUUGAAGCACCAAAAUUUCCCAGGAAGCAACAAUGGAACUGGUUUCUUCCAAACCAUAAUUGGAUUGAAGAUCAGAGACUUGUUCGAGCAGCUCGUUGCUAGCAGGUCUACAGCAACUGCAACAGCUGCUAAAGCCUAGAAAAAGCUCGAAUUUUACAACAUAUGAUAAGAUAUGGAAUAUGUCAAUCUAAAUUAAAUCUACUUCAUUUGUAAUUUCCACUACCUAUAUUAUUAUUCUUCUUGUAUAAGUUUGUUUUUGUAGGGAUACUCUGAUAUUUUCUGCUGUUAAUAGACAUGCAAGAGAUGGAAAAUGCAGUUCAAAAGA